AUGCUGGCCGUCCUGAUCGCGCUUCCCUUCGUGGUUGCUGCUCUGGCUGGCCUCUACGUGCUCUAUGCUGUCGUGUUGAAGCCGGCCAAAUGCAGCUUCCGCCCGGCCCACGACGGCUCUUCAGCUUUGCAUUCCAAGGUGGUGAUCUGCGUUGGGGAUUCCCUCACCCAGGCCACAGUCUCGGGCGACUGGCUGGAGAUCUUACGCUCUCGAUUUCCCGAGCUGUCCUUUCUCAAUGCUGGCGUCAACGGGGACUGUGCCUACAACGCCAGGGCAAUCCGUGAGUGUCAGCCAGCCGCCGUCGUGGUCCUCAUAGGGACCAACGAUGCCAAGGCAGAAGUGAACGGGAGCUGGGGGAAGCACAGCCGGCUUUACAACGGCUUGCCUCAGGAGCCCAGCUACGACUUCUUCCGCUCCUCCCUGGGAUCGGCUCUCGAAAUCCUUCUCGGCCCUGAUCCUUCCCAGAGACCUUGUUUGGCGGUGCUCACGCUGCCCAUGCUCGGCGAGAGCCCGGAGCACAUCGGGAACAGGGAAGUGGUGCCACGAUACAACCAAGCUCUCCAAGAUCUUGCUGCCGCUGCCGGCAAGGCUGGCGGUGACCUGGAGGAGAUGGUAUCUACCCAAAGCUCACCGGAGCCACCUCCUGUGGAUGAGUUUAUGGGCCUCAUGUGGCAGGGCGCUGCUCUCCACUACUUGCUGGGUUGGAGCUGGGAUUCCGUUGGCCGCCGACAAGGGCAGAGGGUGAUGUCCGAUGCCUUGCACCUGAUCCUAGGCUUGCUUCGGGUAUGA